CACUAGUGAAAGUAUGGAGAAUGUGGUCCAACGUUUUCCAUGUGUGGGCCGCUCUCAGCACUUCGUCUGCAACAACCGAAAGAGAAACAACAUCAAAAAGUGGUUGCCUCUCUCUGCUUGUUUGGCUUGUCUCUUAUUUGGGAUCAAGAGGAUAUGGUUCACCAGCGCCAUCUAUGAAGAAGAGGCGAAACUAGUAGAGAUGAAAUAUAAUAUAGAAAAGGACUUCGAAAGACUUCUGUAUUACGUGCAGCAUCCAAAAACCCUGUGUUACACAGCUUUAUCCCUUGGCGGCAGUAAAGACGCCACAAACAGAACGGAUGGCGACAAAAUUAUCUGCCAAGACCAAGCCCCGCCUCUUAGACCACCUUGCCUUGUAUAUUCUUUUGGAGGCAAUGACGAGUGGUCCUUCGAAGAAGAGAUCGUCAACUUCGGAUGUGAAGUGUACACUUUCGACCCGAGUCUAAAGAUGGGCCCCCAUCAGCACAAACAUAACAUCUGGUUCUAUCCGUUCGGAAUCUCUCAUUUUAAUGAAGACAAAUUCAUCCACAAGGAAAUGAAAACUUGGCGAAUGCGAACAUUCGACGCCAUCAUCGAUUUCUUGGGCCACCAAAGCAAGACAAUAGAUGUCCUGAAGCUGGACAUUGAAGGCGAUGAAUGGAAUGUCAUCGAAGAUAUUCUCGAAAAAGGGUUAUUCAAAAAAAUUAAUCAUCUUUGCGUCGAAGUUCAUCUGCAUUCAGGAGAUUGGUCCAGAAAACUGAGCAUCUUAAGGAAACUUGAAGAUGAUGGUCAGAUGAGGUUCUUCAGCUCGAGAAAAAAUGUGGUGACCAAACCAAAGACAGUUCCGGGUCUUAAGAACAGGACAGAACAACUUUUCUACGAACUUGCCUGGUACAGAGACUCAUAACCUUACCCGUUCAAGCAACUUGGGUUGUUUAAAAAAAUACAUAUAUAUAUAUAGUAUAUAUAUAUGAAGACUAACUACUCCCAAAGGUAAUAGGAAUCUUUGGAAAAGAAGGUUACGCAAAACAUACUUCAAAAUGAUCAAAAGACCUCAUAAAUACGGUACUUGAUUUACGAGGGUCACUCUGAAAUUUUUGAGAUACACAUAGGUUUUUUAAAAUUACUUACGGAAUUUUAUGAAUUUCCAGGGUAGUCUCCUCCAGCAUUAAUGUACUUCUGUAGGCGAAUUUUCAAAAGAUUAAAUGUCUCAAGCCAUUUAUUUCUUGGAAUCGAUGGAAAAAAUGCAUUCAUAGUCUCAUUUUCAGAAUGAAAAGGACGUGCAAGCGAGUUCUUUAUUAGAUGUCUAGAUAGAGUGAAUAGGGUGGAUGUUCUAUCAGUUUGAUGUGUUUUUGUUCAAGAAACUCUACUGCCAAUCUUGCUGAAUGAGGAGAUGCAUUGUCAUGGUGGAGCAUCAGUCCUUUAACAUAACAUUCUUGAAGAAUUUCUGGAAGACCAAUUAUCUGGUGUACCAAUUAUCCUUGAGUGUCUACAGUGCUUCCAGCUUGAUGGCUUUGGCCAAUCCUGUACUUCUGAAGAAAACUGCAUACAUUACUUUUCUUCAUGGCACAUUAUUUUUUUUUUUUUCACUAUGGGUGUGGGAUCAUUUUCAAAGACCCAUACUUCACUUUCUUGACGUGUUGGAACGUCAAAAAAUGGUAUGUAGUUUUCAUAACCAGUUACGAUUUUAGAAAUAAUGCGAUGGUCACCAUCUUGAAGUAAUUUAAGAAUUUCUUUACUGAUUCUGACACGUUCAUCUUUUUGGUGCUCAGUUAAAUCACGAGGGACUCAACGGCAAACUAUUUUUUUCAUAUGCAAUUCUUCAUAAAUAAUGGUGGUGGAUUCAGUGUUAAGUUCCUUCUGUAUCAUUUGGUAAGUGAAUGAUCAUCAUCGAUUAACAUUUUCCGUAUAAAAUACAAAUUAUCCGGGAUUACUGCUGAGUUCUUCAUCCUGAAAGGAAUUGCGACCUCUAUUAAAUUCUGUAAGCCAUCUAAAUACAAUAACACGAGAUGGAUCUUCAUUUCUAAAUGUUAUUUGUAGACAUUGAAUGCAUUUUCCCCCCUUUAAUGCUAUAAAAAAAUCAUAACAUGAUAAUGUUCUCAUUUCAACUCCAAUUUUCCUUUUGCCUAAAAUUUAUUCGACGCUAAACUACUUGCAAUUGUCAGUAAAAAAAA